AUGAUGUUGCGACUUCAUGGUAGCAUCACACCUAAACUCGUCAUUCCAAUUCUGCUUGUGGGUGGUUGGGCCACUGCAAUUACCUGCAUCUCAAAGCUUGUAUACGACCUCGGCACCGAUCAAGUUUUCAUUACCGUGCUGGGCUUCGUUGUGAGUCUAGCACUCAGCGUCCGCAGUUCCACCUCUAUGGACCGAUACUUCCAAGGCCGACAACUUUGGGGACGUCUUCGACUCGCAUCGCAUAUACUGGCGCGUUUGGUUUGGAUACACGUGGAAGAGAGACAUGGCUUCGAUGCUGAACUGGGAAAGCAAGAUCUGCUCGGCAAGGUCAGCUGCUUGAACCUGAUCGUGGCUUUUGCUGUCGCAUUGAAGCACAAAUUGCGUUUCGAGCCAGGAACACACUACGAGGAUCUCAAGCACUUAGUUGGCCAUCUGGACACGUUCGCGCAAGGAGCAAAUAUGCCCGCGCCCGACCCUCCGAGCGCUCUCAGGUGGGCUUGCCAGCUCCUCGGCAUACCGAUGGCAACACCAAACCCACGCAGACACGUCAAGAAAUCGGCCGUCCCUCUUGGAGACCUACCCCUCGAAAUCCUAUCUCACCUCUCCGCCUAUAUCAAAGUCCUAUACGACACGGGUACACUGAGAGAUUACAGCAUUUAUCAAACCCAGACCCUCGACUCACUAACAAUCAUGGACGAGGCAUCGUGCGGCACCGAGAGAAUCUUGAACACACCCCUUCCGCUAGCAUACUCCAUCGCUAUAGCUCAAGUCACCUGGUUAUACAUACUGUUGCUGCCUUUUCAGUGCUUCAACAGUUUAGGCUGGAUCACCAUCCCCGCAUGCAUAGUCGCAGCGUACAUCAUCAUGUCGCGCGCUGCACCUCUCGCCAACGACUUCAUGGGCCGUAAAGAGAACAUGCCAUUAUACCCAAUUUCGUAUCUGAGCACGCGAGCAUGUGCAGACAAGUCGCCAGAGGAGAUACACGUUGCUUUAUCGCAAAGAGUCGCCCUCCACUACCCCAUGGUUGAGCAUGGCGAAAGUCCAGCGCCGCCUGCGCAAGGCCGUUUAUGUAGCGUGGAACGUUGGACUGAGAAAGGUGCACUGGGACCGAAUGAUACGACUGGCAACUACAGGAGAAAGUACGGGAGUGUGUAG